AAUUGAAGGUUGUUCAGAUGGGGAAGAUUUUAGCGAAGAACAAGAAGACCAAGAAUUCGAAGGGAAGGCAAAAGCUUUCGUCAUUCUUCUUUUUCCUCCAUGUCGCCGAAGAAUGCCUUGUUAUUAACCCAAUGCAGAUCUACGCCAUAAAGUCUUUGGUGAGCAUAUUUUAAGGCUCGUCAAUGAGAGCUGAGGAAACAGAGGGACGACAAAAACCCAUUCUUCCUCUUCAUCCUUAAACACAGCCAAAUCCACAAAAGUCGACCCUCUAGACCCCAUAAACAAAACCCAGAUCGUAGAUUGAGAUAUAUAUAAGAAAAUGUUAGAGAUCAAUCUGAUGGUUAAGGGGCUUCAGAGGUCUGAAAGAACGUUUAGGAGGCAGGGCUCGUCUGGGUUGAUUUGUGACGACAAGUUUCUACAAUCGAUCGGAGAAAGAAGCUAUCAGACGAUCAAGGUUUAGCCACAAGCUAUGGACCCAUAUUCCUAGAAAGUCUCCGACUACGGGAUAUGCAGCGCGUUUGGAAAACUGAAGCUAGCGUCGGCGUGUCGACUAAGACCAAACAAACGGGGAUUUUCUGUUGAUUUUGCUGUGUUUAAGAGAAAGGAGGAAACAGUUAAUGGAUGCAUAUUUUCAUAUAUUUCCUUUGGAUUUUGUAUAUAUGAAUGGGUUAAAUGCACUAAUUUAUAUUGUUUUAAUUUAUAGGCAUUCAAUACGGAAGUUACAUGAAAAAGAGUGAAAAAUGAGCUUUUCGGGUGUCUAGAGUAA